CUACAGCUUCAUUCAUCUGAGCGUUCAGGAGUUUCUCGCUGCUUUCCAUGUGUUUUACCUCUAUUUAAUGAAGAACAUGGAGCCAGUGAAGUUGUUUCUGGAUGAUAAACUUGAGAGGUACAGAUCUGAGGAAAACUCUCUGUAUGAGCUGCUAAAAUCAGCAGUUGAUAAAACUUUAAAGAGUGAGAAUGGACGUCUGGAUCUAUUCCUGCGGUUCCUGCUGGGUGUCCCACUGGAGUCCAAUCAGAGACUCUUACAGGAUCUACUGACACGUACAGAGAACAGCUCAAAUAGCAUCAAGACAAUAACACUGUACAUUAAAGACAAGAUCAAGACAGAUGACUAUAACAUGAAACUAUCAGAUGACAGCUCCAUCAAUCUGUUCCUCUGUCUGCUGGAAGUGAAAGAUCAGACUCUGUCCAGAGAGAUUCAGGAGUUUGUGAAAUCAGACAAACACUCAGGAAAGAAACUCUCUCCUGCUCACUGCUCAACAAUCACCUACAUGCUUCAGAUGUUAGAGGAGCCGCUGGAUGAGCUUGAUCUCAUUAAAUUCAACACAUCAGAUGAGGGAAGAAAAAGACUGAUACCAGCUGUGAUCAACUGCAGAAAAGCUCUAAUUGCAGGAUGUUGGCCUUUUAUUCAGCACUGUGAAACUGUGUGUUCAGCUUUACAAUCAUCAAACUCCAAUCUGAGAGAGCUGGACCUGAGUGUAAACGACCUGACGGAUUCAGGAGUGAAGUUGCUCUCUGAUGCACUGAAGAGUCUAAACUGUCAGCUGGAGAUACUGAGGCUACAUAGGUGUAAUCUCACUGCUCAGUCUUGUGAUAGUCUGUCAUCAGCUCUACAAUCUUCAAACUCUGUCCUGAGAGAGCUGGACUUUAUUAACGAUGACCUUCAUGAUUCAGGAGUGAAGUUGCUUUCUCUUGGAUUGAAGAGUCCAAACUGUAAACUGAAGAUACUGAGAUUUUCCUUAUGUAAUCUCACUGCUCAGUCCUGUGAGAGUUUGUCAUCAGUUUUACAAUCCCCAAACUCUGUCCUGAGAGAGCUGGAUCUGAGUAACAAUGACCUGCAGGAUUCAGGAGUGAAGCUGCUCUCUGAUGGACUGAAAAGUCCAAACUGUCAGCUGGAGAUACUGGGAUUUUCCUUAUGUAAUCUCACUGCUCAGUCCUGUGAUAGUUUGUCAUCAGUUUUACAAUCCCCAAACUCUGUCCUGAGAGAGCUGGAUCUGAGUAACAAUGACCUGCAGGAUUCAGGAGUGAAGCUGCUCUCUGAUGGACUGAAAAGUCCAAACUGUAAGCUAGAGAUACUGAGGUUGUCUGGCUGUAUGGUGACGGAGGAAGGCUGUGGUUAUGUGUCUUCAGCUCUGAGUUCAAACCCUUCACACCUGAGAGAGCUGGAUCUGAGCUACAAUCACCCCGGAGAUUCAGGAGUGAAGCUGCUCUCCGACAAACUCAGUCUGGACAAACUCAAUGUGAAUCAUGGAGGAGAAUCCAGGAUUACAGCGGGACUGAAAAAAUAUGCCUGUUUUCUCACACUGGAUCCAAACACCGCAAACACUGCACUCAGUCUGUCUGAGGAGAACAGAAAAGUGACACGUGUGAGAGAGAAACAGCCGUAUCCUGAUCAUCCAGACAGAUUUGAUUAUUGGGAACAGGUGUUGUGUAGAGAGAGUGUGUGUGGACGCUGUUACUGGGAGCUGGAGUGGAGCGGAGAUAAUGAUGUGUUUAUAUCAGUGUCAUACAAGAGCAUCAGCAGGAAGAGAGGUUAUGAGAGUGUGUUUGGAAAUAAUGAUCAGUCCUGGAGUUUGAUCUGCUCUCCUGACAGAUACUCAUUCAAACACAAUAACAUACAGACUGUUCUCCCUGUAGAGCCCAUCAGCAGUAGAACAGAAGUGUGUGAUGAUCACUAUAUAACAGGAGUGUGUGAUGAUCACUACAUAACAGGAGUGUGUGAUGAUCAAUAUAUAACAGGAGUGUUUGUGGAUCACAGUGCAGGAAUUCUGUCCUUCUACAGCAUCUCUGACACAAUGAGCCUCAUAAGAGACUAA